CUACCUGGCCCCUGGGCUGCAGGUGGCCAACACCUCAGGUCUUUGUUCUGACAUCACUUGCUCCAUGGAGACUCCUGUGACCCCCAGCUCCAGUCACACUCCAGCCACACCCUGCCCCACCUCUGGUCCAUGCAGCCUGUGCUGCCUGUGUUUUCCUGCUCCUUUAGCAUCCAUUGUCUGGAUCCUGGUGAGAACAAGGCUCCAAGAGGGGCAGAGCCAGAAGGAUUGACUUGUAAAGACUCGUGUUACCUGAGGAGACAGCCCUGAAGAGAAGGAGGAAAGGAAAGGAGUCAGGAAUGGCUGUCACUGAGGGACAGUUGGCAUUCAGGGAUGUGGCCAUUGAAUUCUCCCAGGAGGAGUGGAAGUGCCUGGACCCCACACAGAGGGCUUUGUACAGGGACGUGAUGCUGGAGAACUACAGGAACCUGGUCUCCCUGGGGAUCUUCCUUCCUGACCUUGGUGUUAUUUCCAUGUUGGAAGAAGGGAAAGAGCCCUGGACCUUGAAGAAUGAAGUGAAAAUAGCAAGAAAUCCCGGUGGGUGGGGCUGUGUCAAAGGUGUGAACCCAGAUUUCUCUCCUAAACACACAAUUAAAAAAUCACCUUCAAAAAGAAACAGCAGUAUAGAAGAGAGAUUCCAGAAAGCCAUGCUGGGAAGGCAUGAGCAACACGACGCUGAAGCCUUUUCCUUCAGAGACAUCCAGAGAAAGGCACAUGGCUUCCAGUUUCCGUGGAGAGAUAGUAAAGGAGAUUGUAAGGGAGUGCCCAUGAUCCAUAAAGGAAGCCACAUGGGUGGAAGAGACGGUGGUGGUGGACAGGAUGCAGGGAGCAAGCUUGAGAGUGAUUGGCUUGGGCUGGGCUUUCUGCCAGGCCUAUCUGCACCCCAGCUGCUUCAGUCUGCAGGGAAAAGUGAGUGUGGUGAAGAGGAGAAGUCUGUGCACAGUGGUUCUUCAGCUUUACCACCUCAAAGCGUUCCUUCCAGUGUCAGAACGCUGGAAGGAUACGGGAAUGACUUUAUUUAUUCUUCAUUGCUCAUUCCCAGGCACAAAGCACACAUUAGGGACAAGCCUUACAGAUGCCACGAGUGUGGCAAGGUCUUUAGUUACACCUCCUCUCUCGCACAUCAUCGCAGAAUCCACACUGGAGAGAAAUUGUACAAGUGUGCUGAGUGUGGCAAGGCUUUCUUCAGGCGCUCCUAUCUUUUGGUGCACGAGAGACAUCACACGGGAGCAAAACCUUACAAGUGCAAUGAGUGUGGUAAGGUCUUCACUCAGAACUCACACCUAACAAGUCAUCGCAGAACUCACACCGGAGAGAAGCCGUACAAGUGUGCUGAGUGCGGCAAGGCCUUCAGCGUGCGCUCCAAUCUAACCAACCAUCAGGUGAUCCACACUGGAGAGAAGCCAUACAAGUGCAACGAGUGUGGCAAGGUCUUCAGCCAGACCUCGAGCCUCGCGAUUCACCGGAGAACUCACACAGGGGAGAAACCAUACCGGUGUAACGAGUGUGGCAAGGUCUUCAGCUCUCACUCAAACCUCAACACCCACCAGGUCAUCCACACUGGAGAAAAGCCCUACAAGUGUUCUGAGUGUGGCAAGGUCUUCACCCAGAACUCACACCUGGCCAAUCACUGGAGGACUCACACGGGGGAGAAGCCGUACAAGUGUACAGAGUGUGGCAAGGCCUUCAGCGUGUACUCAAGCCUGACUACUCACCAGGCGAUCCACACCGGGGAGAAGCCGUACAAGUGCAAUGAGUGUGGCAAGGUCUUCACCCAGAACUCACACCUGGCAAGUCACCGGAGGACUCACACUGGAGAGAAGCCUUACAAGUGUGAUAAAUGUGGCAAGGCCUUUAGUGUGCGCUCAAGCUUGACUACCCACCAGGCAGUCCAUACUGGAGAGAAGCCGUACACAUGUAAUGAGUGUGGUAAGGUUUUUAGCCGAAGCUCCAACCUUGCAAGUCAUCGAAGAACUCACUCUGGACUCAAGCCUUACAAAUGAGUGUAACCUGAUGACCAUGCCUGCAGAUGAGGAUUCACUUGAAGAAAUUCUCUAGUUCUCUAUGGAUAACCCUGGUCACUACAUUUUGUGGAGUAAUUCCAAGUCAAAAUACGUUAAGACUCAAAGGUGCAAGGACUUUUGGAAAUCAACUACUUAUCUUCAGGUCAAGAAUUACUUUAUUCAGCCAUGCGACGUCUCAUGAGAAGGCUUCUUUGCUAUAUGUAACUUUUACCCUGGGCUUUAAAGCCUGUCUCACCUUGUGCCUGCCUUCCAGGCCUUUAUUAUGGUCACUGGGAAAGAAGCAUAGGAUGGGAGGGCUUACUGCAUUAGGUAAGGGUCAUUCUGUUCAACUUCUGGGAAGACAAGCUCUGCCUUUCAAGGUAAAUAUUGUCUAAAUUAGCAUCUGGAAGAGGCAAAGAGUCGUGUCUUUAAGUGGAUACAAGUCGUCAAGCUUCCCGUGUCCUGAGGCCCUUCUGUAGUUUAUAGGAAAAAUCAUUCCACCGACUGUAAAAUAAAACAGACCAAGGAUGUGCCAUCCUGGGGCUCAUUUGGGAUGAGAGUCACAGGUGAACAGGGACAGACUGUGAUAGAAUGCAAAAGAAUGGGAACCACGUGCUCCAUUGAAUCACAAUAGCUCUCUUAGCAAAGACCGAAGAGUAAUUACCCUAUUUUUGAAAUUGAGAGUUAUUAGACUGGAGAAUCUAAUUAAAAGAACCAGAAUGGGGGCUCGGGGCAUGGCUCGCUAGAGUACUCGCCUAGCAUGUUUAAGGCCCUGGGUUCUAAGCUUGACAAAAAAGAAAAAAUAGCAUUUCCUUCAGGAUUAUUUAACUGCUGGUCAUACGUUUUGCCACUGCUUUAGUAGAAUGUAUGAUUGAUCUGAUGUUUUAAUUAAUAAAAUUUAAUCUUUUCAUUACCACAA